AUGCAAAAACCAUAUUUGCAACAUUUUUUUAAAAAUCUAAAAAAAUAUGAAAAAAAACAAACAAGCAUUUACAUUCCAAAUAAUAAAAGAAUAAAAAAUGAGGAACCUAUAUGUGGGUACUACUAUUACUGUACGUUCAGAAGGAUAAAAUUCAGGAGCCACAAUAAUAUUAAUAAUACACAUUAUAAUAUAUUCAACAAUAAUAAUAAUAAUAAGGAGGAGGAGGAGGAAAGGGAAUGUUAUUUUUUAUUUAAUAAAAAGCAUUUUACUUCUAAGGCAUAUAAAAUAAAAGGUAAUGUAUUUAAUAUUUCUUAUGAGCCAUAUAAUAUUUAUGAUGAUAAUAAAUUUUUAAAUUAUAAGAAUAAUUUAAAAUUGUAUGAAUAUAAAAUGAUAACACUACAAAGGUGUUAUUAUUCAGAGCAUAUAAAUAAACAUACAGAAAAUAAGAACAAAGAAUUGUACGGCCCAAUAAAAAAUUUACAAAAAUAUAACCGCAAUAAUGAUAAUAAUGAUGAUAUUUAUAAUAGCAAAGAUGAUAUUUAUAAUAGCAAAAUGUAUCUUCAAAACAAAUUCAAAGAUAUGUUAAUAUUUAAUAUAAAAAAUUAUAUUAUAUUAUCUAGAUUACACAUUCCAGCUGGUAUAUAUUUAUUAUUUUAUUCAUCUCUUUAUGGUUAUUUUUUAACGUAUGAUAUUAACAAUUUAUUAAUAAAUAAUAAUAUUCUUAAUAUGAAUGAAAUACAACAUAUACUAAAAAAUAUAGGUUUGUUUUUAUUUGGUAGUAUAAAUACAAGAAUUACUGGAUGUAUUAUUAAUGAUUUAUUAGAUAAAAAUUUCGAUAAACAAGUUGAAAGAACAAAAAAUAGACCCAUAGCUAAUAAAAAUAUAAGUGUAAAUAAAGCUAUAAUCUAUGCUUCUAUACACGGAACACUUUCUCUUUUAACACUCUUUCAAUUUAAUUCUUCUACAAUUUAUACUGGAUUAUAUUCAACCUUCUUCAUUUUUACAUAUCCUUUAUUGAAACGUUUAACAUAUUAUGCUCAAGUAUAUUUAUCCCUUACAUUUAAUUUAGGUUAUUUUAUAUCGGCAAGUGUAAAUAUUAAUUUAAUAAAUAAUAUAAUUCCCAUAAUUGUAGGCUUCUUACCAUUAUCGUUUUUAACUAUUAUAUAUGAUACAAUAUAUGCUCAUCAAGAUAAAAAAGAUGAUAUAAAAUUAAAACUUAAAUCCCUAGCUAUUAAAUGGGAUAAAAAUACAUUAAAAUAUUCAAAAGUAUUAUCUCUGAAUAUGCUUCUUUUUUUAUAUGUAUCAUCAUAUCUUUUCGAUAUGCAUUUUUCCUACUAUAUCUUCUCGACGUUUAAUAUAAUGUAUUUAUAUUACAUUCUCGACAAGGUAUCCUUAAACGAUAAACAAAAAUGUAUGACCUUUUUCAAAAAAAGUAAAAAUGUCUUGUUCUUAAUGGUACUCGCAACAAUUCUGAGUAAGGCUUACCAGGUCGUAUGUAAAAAUGAAGAAAAUAAAAAAAAAAUAUAA